AUGCUAGUUGCUGCAUUGAAAUUGAAGAAUGUGUUUGGUUGCUUCAGUUCAUAUGAUCCUAAUUUCAAGAUAGUUGUAUCUCCGGAGGAAUGGAAGCAAGUAGAAACUCUACUCACAUACAUGAAGUAUUUGUUCGAUGCAGCCAACAUGGUGAACGCCCACCAAUAUCCUUGUGUAAAUGCAUUCUUCACUGUAGUAGCAAAAAUUCAAGAGGAACUGAUGCAUGCAGCUACUAGUGAGGAUUCAUUUCUCAAACUUUUAACCACGCCCCUGCUCCAAAAGUUUGAAAAGUAUUGGGAAAGCUGCUACAUUGUUUUAUCAAUUGCUGUAGUUUUUUAUCCGAGGCUCAAAAUGGCAAUGGUAAAGAAGGUCUUCUAUCAAAUCUAUGGUGCGAAUGCAGAGACACGGAUGGAGAUUGUUCGUCAUGCACUUUCUGACCUAUGGUUUCAAUAUGCUUUGCCAAAAGAAACACCAACAAAAGAUAGGAGUGUGAGCACCAUCAAAGCAGAGCCUCCAACUACAUCACAGGGAGAACUGCCUCUUGAUCGUACUUCUAUUACUGAUUUUGAAAUGAUGGUGCGUUUAUGGUGUGAACGCCAAAGAGCCCCCAAGAAGAUGACUUCGGAGUUGGACCAAUAUUUGGAAGAGAUUUUAUACCAAGUACCAAUAAGAGACUUUGAUGUUCUAGUUUGGUGGAUGCAAAACAAGGCCAAGUACCUGACUCUCUCUAAGAUGGCUUCUGAUGUCUUGGCCAUACCACUGUCCACUCUUAAUUCGGAUUUUAUUUUUGACACUGCAAUGUUAAAAACUAUGGAUAGUUCCUUGAGUUCCUCAACUCUUGAGGCUCUCAUCUGUGACAAGGAUUGGCUUAAGAAGUAA